AUUGCAGCAUGCCUUCCGAGACACCCCAAGCAGAAGAGGGGGCAGCAGGGUGCCCCCACCUCUCAGCAAAAGGGAGCCUGGAGCAGGGGCCUCCUGGGGACGACACCAAGGAUCGCGUGUGGAUCCGGCCCGAUGCCCCGAGCAGGUGCUCCUGGAAGCUGGGCAGGCCCAUCACCGACUCUCCACAUCACCACACUGCCUUGGCAAAGUCCCCCAAAAUCUUGCCAGAUAUCCUGAAAAAAAUUGGAGAUACCCCCAUGGUGAGAAUCAAUAAGAUCGGGAAGAACUUUGGCCUGAAGUGUGAGCUCCUGGCCAAAUGCGAGUUCUUCAACGCGGGCGGGAGCGUGAAGGACCGGAUCAGCCUGCGCAUGGUCGAGGAGGCCGAGCGGGCCGGGACCCUGAAGCCCGGGGACACCAUCAUCGAGCCGACGUCGGGGAACACAGGGAUCGGGCUGGCCUUGGCUGCUGCGGUGAAGGGUUAUCGCUGCAUCAUCGUGAUGCCCGAGAAGAUGAGCAUGGAGAAGGUGGACGUCCUGCGGGCCCUGGGGGCUGAGAUCGUGAGGACACCCACCAAUGCCAGGUUUGACUCCCCCGAGUCGCAUGUGGGGGUGGCGUGGAGGCUGAGGAACGAGAUCCCCAAUUCUCACAUCUUGGACCAGUACCGAAACGUCAACAACCCCAUUGCUCACUACGAUAGCACGGCCGAGGAGAUCCUGCAGCAGUGUGACGGGAAGCUGGACAUGCUGGUGGCUUCGGCGGGCACAGGUGGCACCAUCACAGGCAUUGCCAGGAAGCUAAAGGAGAAGUGUCCUGGGUGCAAAAUCAUCGGGGUGGAUCCCGAAGGCUCCAUCCUCGCGGAGCCCGAGGAGCUGAACCGGACGGAGCUGACAGCCUACGAGGUGGAAGGGAUCGGCUACGACUUCAUCCCCACGGUGCUGGACCGGCAGGUGGUGGACAAGUGGUUCAAGUGCAACGACGAGGAGUCCUUUGCCUUUGCCCGCAUGCUGAUUGCGCAGGAGGGCCUGCUGUGCGGUGGCAGCGCCGGCAGUGCCAUGUCAGUGGCCGUGAAGGCGGCGCAGGAGCUGCGGGAGGGCCAGCGCUGUGUGGUGAUUCUGCCCGACUCUGUCCGGAACUACAUGUCCAAGUUCCUGAGUGACAGAUGGAUGCUGCAGAAGGGCUUCCUGAAGGAGGAGCAGCUCACGGUGAAGAAGCCCUGGUGGUGGCACCUCAGAGUCCAGGAGCUGAGCCUGUCGGCUCCGCUGACAGUGCUGCCCACGGUCACCUGUGAGCACACCAUCGAGAUCCUCCGGGAGAAGGGCUUCGACCAGGCGCCCGUGGUCGAUGAGUCGGGGGUGAUCCUGGGGAUGGUGACUCUGGGGAACAUGCUGUCCUGCCUGCUCGCUGGGAAGGUGCAGCCGUCAGACCAAGUUCACAAAGUCCUCUACAAGCAGUUCAAACAGAUCCACCUGACGGACCCGCUGGGCGCGCUCUCGCGCAUCUUGGAGAUGGACCACUUCGCCCUGGUGGUCCACGAGCAGAUCCAGUCACGGGACCAGGCCUUGGCAGGAGUGGUGGGGGGGCCUGCAGAUCACAGCCACGGGAAGUCCAGUAAGAGGCAGAUGGUGUUCGGGGUCGUCACCGCCAUUGACCUGCUCAACUUCGUGGCUGCCCGUGAGCGAGACCGGAAGACAAAGUCAGCAAGUGCCUUGGAACCCAGAGCUGGCGGGGCCGCAGCCCAGCUCUAAGCCCGCACACACCACCUGCUCUUUUGCUCUCACACUAAACAAGCCUGUGUGCCGUUUAACUGCCUGGUGCUGGGCUUUGCCCCACUGCUAUGGGCAGCAAGGAGCAGGUGUAGGGUACUUAGCCCAAGGCCAGUGGAAAUGUUACAGUUUCCCUUUAAUUAACACCUGACACGUGGGUGAAUCUAUGGUUUAUUAGAAUGUGCUUUUCUUUAACUCUCUUGAAAAAUGUUUCAACAAGGAAAUCUUAUUAAAAGGGAACUCAGCCGGGUGGAUGAACCAUGCAAGGACUGGGGCAGAGUGGGCUGAGGCAGAAGAGGAGCCUUUUCCAGAGAAGAAUCCAGAAAGGGGAGCAGCAGAAAGGGGGCUCAGGAAGUGUGGAUCGAUUCAGUGGCCCUCACACAGCAGCGCUGAGUGCUCGGGGGUGGGUUGUUAGAGUCACUUGUGGGGUAUUUUUAAUUGAAGUGAAAUUCACAUACCUAAAAUGAACACAUUUUUAAUGUACAAUUCAGUGACAUUUAUUACAUUCACGAUGUUCAGCCACCGCCUCUGUCAAGUUCCAAAACAUUUGAUCACCCCCUUAAGCAGUCACCCCGUCCCCCCUUCCCGACUCUCCUGGCAACCACUACUCUGCUUUCUGUUUCUAUAUGGAUUUACCUACUUGGGAUACUUCAGAUAAAUGGGAUCACACAACCUA